UACGGUUUUGAAAUUCUAUGUAACUUUACAAGCAGUCAGGUUGGCAGAGUUGAUGUCACACACGAGAAGUCAAGGAGCUUCGGUGGAAACGAUCAAUGUACAGGUGUUGGAUUUUCCUGGAGUCACACUUUCAAGUGGAGAAACUUCUUUGGCAGAUCUAUUAGUAUAGAGAACCCAUCUCCUGGCUGUAAAUAGUGUUAGCUGGUCCAGACAAAAAAGGACAGAACGAGGGUUCAAUUAGAGCUGAGCAAUUUGGAGUCUCAACGGUCAGAGACACACCCUAAACAGCACCAAGCCAGAGAGAGCAGCCUGGCCUUGCAGAGAAUGAAGUUAUCAUAGUUAUUGCUGACAAGGAGUAAAGGAAAAACUUUGAAAACAAAUCCCUUUCUGCAGAGAAGAAAAUCAAUGGUGUAAGCCUUGAACUGAUUAAUUCAAGUGCAGACGCUGUUAGUGCAAGCAACCGGAAGAGUUUGCUUAUGUCUGAGGUAGAGAACACUAAGGUGGAUACCAAAAUCAAGGAUUCAUCUAUGAUUAAAGGAAGCACUUUAAAAAGAACAGGCAGUGUCAAAGAGCAGAUAUUCUCAGGUGGUGAAGACGGCAAGAUACCCAGAAGCCCAUCACAGGGGGAGAAAAGUGAUUUAAAGUUAAAUAAAAAUCAGAUGCUUACACAGAUCUCUGAUUCUGAGUCUGUGGGAAAAGAGUUGAUGAGCUCUGGAGGUGGACUUUUAAGCAUCAGUAAUGUUGAACGGGAGGCUAAUAAUAAACCAAGAACAAGCAGCAAGGAUACAAAUGGUCAGCCACCAAGCAGGUUAGCAGUUACCCCAAACAGUGGUGCUGUAGCAACCAAACCAUUAGCUGAAGAUAGUGCAUCCAAAAAGGAAGGCUCUUUGGAAAUCAAUGGCCAGUCGAUGUUAAAUGACAACACAGGAUCCUUGAAGAGACUGAACCAGAACCGGAGGAGUUUGAGUAUGGAAACGAAGUAUGAUAAUGACACAGCUGAAUUAGCAGCUAAAGUCAACAUGAGCCCCAGAUAUCAGCUGUUUUUGUCCAACGAGAAUCGGGAUAGGCUUACAGAUACAGCUCAUACAACAUUCCAAAAUGAACGGUAUGGACUGAAACACACUGCGAAGAAUUCAAACCCAGCCUUGUCAGAGGGAUCCGCUGUUACCAGGACCACAGACUCAGGGUUGGAUUCGACUGUAGGUUCAGAACGUGGACAUGAGAUUAAUCCAAACCUGGGACCAUCUACAAAUCCAAACAAAACAGAUAGGGGUGAAGCAACUGAAUUUGUGGGAGGGAACUAUUCUGAAGCUUUAUCGAUUAAGAUUCCUGGCAAUGAGACCCCACCAAGGGCAUUUAAUAGCCCAUAUAGAUCUCCAUCUGCUGAAUAUGACCGAAUCUUCAGAAUGUCCGACUUCAAGGAAUGCCUGUCUCCUACACCCUCAGAAGUCUCUCUCAACUCAUUGAGCUCAUACAGCCAGUGGAGCAGCGUUGCUCUUCCCCCAACUAACUUUUCUCAAGGUAGAUUCGCUAUCUAUGAGAGCUGGGGCAGGCUCAAGGGGAUGUUGCCUGCCCUUCCUAAUCUUCGACCUGGAAUUCACCACAAAAGAGAUUAUAUUCAGGAACUCAUCAGGCUUUUAGAUGUUAGUGAAAAGAGAAACGCUUUUCUGGAGGCAGAGAGCCUGGAGAUGUCCCGGGAGAGAGGCCGGAUACGAUACGAGAUGAGAGGGAUGCUGGUGAACAACGAGGACAUGAUCAGGAGCAUGGCAGUGAUGCAGAAUGAAUUAAAGAAGCUAAAGGACAGGGUCGUGGAGCUGGAACGAGAAAACUUCACGCUGAAUGAGAGUAUCACACACCUGGAGAGAGAGCUGUCAGAUGCGAAGGAUGUUCUGGGAGAGGCUAAUGACCAAGAAUAUGCCUUUACCUACCUACAGCAGUCUCUACAUCAAAAACUACUUGAAGCUCAGGAGGCCUUGGAUAACCAGAGCAAGCGGUGUGAUGCAAUGGCAGAGAAGCUGUGGCUGGCUGAGAGGAACCAAGGCCAGCUGGAGAUGGAGAAGCAGAACUUGGACACAAAAAUUGUUAGCCUCAGCAGCACUGUGCUCAGGCUAGAAACAGAGCUCGGGGAAGCACUGCAGGUGUCGGCUGAGGCUGCUGCAGGGAUUGCUCUCCACCAGCAGUACAAGGAGAAGACCCAGAAUAGCAUCGAGGAGCUGGAGGAGAGGCUGAAGGAGAAAUGCGAAGAACUGGCAGAGGCACAGUGCAACAGGACUAGACAACUGGAGGAGUUGUCCUUAAAGCAGCUGGACAAGGACAGGCAAUUAGAAGAGGAGAUACAGCUGCGGGAGCGACUGCAGCUGCUGUCCAAGCAAGCGGAGAGAUCCAUUGAAGACCUUCAGAUGGAACUCCAGACAACAACCCAGGCCAAGGAAGAGCUUAGCAAGCAGCUCAAGCAGGCCCAGGAAAAAAUAAUUGAUCUGGAAAGUGAUUUAGAAGAAAUGAAUGACACUGAACAUAGAUGGGCAGGAAAACACAAAAGAACCAUCGAACAGAAUGAGCAGCUACAGAUCAAGUUACUUCAUGAAAGAGAUUUGAGAGAACAACUGGAAUGUGACAAACUGAUGCUGGAGAGACAGAACAAAGAUCUAGAACUUGAAGUGAGGGACCUGCGGAGCUCUCAAACGCAUGAGGACAUACUCUCGAAGACAGAAAUAAAGGCCAAAGAGAUGGAAAGCAGCCUGAGAGCUGAAGAGAGGAACAAAGCCAUGCUGAUGGGUGUAAUCCAGAAGCUGGAGAGGAAGAAUAAAGAUCUGUCUGAGCAGAUGGAUGAAGAACGUCGUCAAUUAGAGGAGGAAAAGGAUCAGCUGGGACAGCGAGUGAAGAGCCUGAAACGGCAGUUGGGCCAAGUGGAGGAGGAGAUGGAGCGGCGGGAGGCUCAGAACCGCCAAGCUCAGAGAGAAAUGGUGGAACUGAAGGAGUCAAACAGUCAGCUCCAGAAACAGCUCUCUGACUUGCAGAUUCAGCUCAAGCUAAAGGAGUCCUUUAUGAUGAAGAAAUCCCGGGACACACUGAACAUGAGAAUAGAUCUGGAUAGCGAAGAAGAGGAAGAAGCAGUGUCUGACAUUCAUAAACAAUAAGAGCCGACUGAUCAACUGCGUUACCCAUUCUCAAGAGAACCGUGAAAAUGAACUGUUUAAAAGGGACACAAGCCAUGCAUAGACUUGGUAGAUCUGUAUAUAUAAAAAAUUGUAUUUUAACAGCAGGUAAGCUUAAUUAAAAAAAAAAAAAAAAAAAAAAAAAAAAAACAUUCUUUACUAGCAAGUACACGGACUUAAAAACUUGCCCCCGGGCCUAAAAAUAUCUGUGGGCAACACUGCUUAUAAAUUAAUACAGAGAUGUUGAGCUUACAGAAGUAAGGGAGGGUGACCCAAAUCUGGAUGUUACACUGAAUACUGUCUGUAAUUUAAUUCUUGAAAAUUGGUUGUAAUAUAACAUAAUGUAGAUGGAAAAGAGGGUGCCAACUAGAACAGUGUCCUGUUUUAUUUUAGAAAUUGUCUCUAUUAGGGGUAUUAGGCCAGCGCUAAUACGUGAUAUUCCAGCCAAGCUUUGGCUUGGAGAGUCAACUGUCCAAUUACACAAUUUGAUAUAUUUUUGUUCUUAUAGCAAUUAGUAGAUGUUUAGCAAGCACUUAAGAAUAAAUAAAUCCUUUUCUUGAUCUACACACAGUUCUGCGGUGUUGAAAUUAUUCUUUGUAUUAUUCUUUGCUAUUGCACGAUGGAAAAUGAUGUCUUCUGUUCUAUGUGUUUAUACAUAUUGUUUGGGUUUUGUUUUGUAUAAUGGACAGUAUAAUAAGUAAGGCUAAAUGUAAUGUGUCACUCAGUUAUAUUCAAACCUUUUUCAUAUUGUGGUGGUGGGUUUUGAAAAUCCCAACCUUGAGGAUUCUGUCCAAAAUGUUCUUGUUAAAGUACUUGUUAGCUGCUAGCUUGCACAAAGUCUUCAGCAGAGGAAAAGGUGUUUUGUUAUUUAUAAAUAUAGGUACAUAAUGUAAUACAAUGUAAUCGUGGGACACUGUAGAUUUAAAUUGGGGUCUAUGUCACUUUACAGAGACUUUUUUUUUUUUUAAACAUGGACUGUUUGAAGGUAUAUUCAUAUUUAUUGUGUUGUUUAUGUGCUAUAAACAGAACUAACUUUUUUAUUUUAUUUUUAAUGGGUAGUUUUUUCCUGUUAUAAUAAUCCAUGUUAUACUUUGAAACUAGCCCUUUUUAUCCGAUUCUUGUUCCUCUAAUGUUUUCCUGUAUGUAAAUAUAAACUACUUUGGAAGAAGACAAGUGAGAAUGUAUUUCUUUCAUCCUAGUUUGUUUUGAAAACAUUUUAGUGCUUUGGAGGCUGAGUAUACGAUAUGACAAAUGACCAAAAUGAUGCACCUUAAACUCAAAAUUGGAAUUCCCUAACUAAUUAAAAACUUGUAAAGUGUCCACAGUUUAUUUGUUCAACAGGAAAACAUAUUUCUUUA